GCCUGAGUUUCUGUCAUAUAUUCACCCAUUAUUAACACAUACAGCUGCAGUAGUUUUACAUCCAGACUUACAGCAAUGAUGAUCUAGCUUUAUUGGGAACAGGUCGCUUCAAUUCUGCACAAUUAGAAAAGGUUGUCUUGCAGCUGCUGCCCUGUUGACCUCCUUCCUCCCCCUCCUGCUGUGAUGCAUUCACUGGCUCAGGAGAUCCAGGGCUUCUCCAAAAGCAACCUGAAGAAACAGAGCACCUAUGUUACCACGGUGAUGGGCAAGAGGAUGCUGGAGAGGAGGAGUGAUGAAGGAGACGGAGAGGAGCAGGUUGAAGAGCUGGUGGAAGGAAGUGGAUGUGGAUUUGUAGAAGAUGAAAGACUCGACCUUCAAGUUGGUGUCGUUAGACCCUUUUUACUACUAGCCUCUCAGGAUGCAGCCCACGACACCGACACCCUGCAGAGAUAUAAGGUGUCUCAUGUGCUAAAUGUGGCCUACGGAGUCGCUAACCUGUUCCCGGAUCAGCUGGUUUAUAAGACGCUCCAGAUCCUGGACCUCCCGGAGACAGACAUCACUUCCUAUUUCGGGGAAUGCAGCGCCUUCAUAGAUGAGGCCCGAGAAAAGGACGGUGUGGUGCUGGUCCACUGUAACGCGGGCGUCUCACGUUCCUCCUCCAUCGUGAUUGGCUACCUGAUGUUGAAGGAGGGGCUUUCAUUUGAUGAUGCGUACGGCCAGGUGAAGCUGGCGAGGCCCUCAACUCGCCCCAACCCCGGCUUCUAUCAACAACUACAGAACUACAAACCAUAAGAGACUUUAAAAACAAGCCUUAAAAAAGUCCAGCACCCAAAGUCCAGCUCACUGAA